AUGAAGGCUACCUCACUGACGCUGCUACAGAACAAAUACAGCCGGAAGCCAAGGAGGAGACCCAAGCAUCCAAGUUGUGUGAUUGGAUCAGACACCCCCAGCUAUGACCAAUUCCCCGUCUCCAGAGUCGUCUACAAUGGCAGAAGGAAUAGUUGCCCCCAGUCUCCAAGCAACAGCAGUGAGAUCUUCACUCCGGCCCAUGAGGAGAGCGUGCGCUUCAUUGAAGCAUGGCAGUGUGUGGAACGAGACCUCCGGAACCAGAUGUCUGGCAGCAAGCGUGUUCUGGUGGACAAAGUCCCUAACCUCAGUCUGAAGACUUUCAAACCUUUUGACUUGAGUGGCCUGAAAUGCCAGAACACACAAGAUGCCAAGAAGUCCUAAGGGCUUCUUCCUCCCCAUGGCCUCUGGAAGACUGAAAGUUGAAGAAUUUAUGUUCAUUUUUCUCCCCCUUCU